CCCCGCCGCCCGCGCCCAGACGCGCCUCUCCCGCUGCCGCUGGGUCCGCGGGAGCGCUCGGGCGAGGCGGCUCCUCCGACAGCCGCGGGAAGGGGAGGAGGAACCGCGGGUGGGGACGGGACGGGACAAGCCCUGCUGACGGGGGUGCUCCCGGCGAGAGGAGCGGAGCGGCGAGCAGAGCGAGGAGGGUCGGCGGGCACGGCCCGGAGGGAUACCAUGUCUGCUCCGAGUGUCAACCCUGUCCCAUCUGCACCACCUUCUUAUGAGGAAACUGUAGGAAUCAAUAUGAACUACCCUCACCCUUAUCCUGUUCCUGGCCCUGGAGUGAAGCCAGAUAUGAAGGGAAUGAACCCUCCCCCAUACAUGGGACAGCCUCCACCAGCAAAUAACCCCAUUAGAGUUCAGACGGUGUAUGUGCAGCAACCAGUGGUGUUUUAUGACCGCCCAGUUCAGAUGUGCUGCCCCUCCUGUAACCAGAUGAUAGUGACACGUCUCUCCUACGAGGCAGGAGCUCUGACUUGGCUGUCCUGUGGUGGCCUCUGCCUGCUGGGGUGUAUAGGAGGCUGCUGCUUGUUUCCAUUCUGCAUUAAUGCUCUCAAGGACGUGGAUCACACCUGUCCGAACUGCAAUACUCUUCUUGGUGCUUACAAACGUUUCUAGGCAGUGUUAAAACAUUGAUUGAUGAAGUUGGUUAGCACCUCUACAAGCCCUCUCUGAAGCUUAGUGGAGACUGCUCGUUUCUGUGCAUCUUGUCACUGGAAACCAAUAAAAAGUAAUGUUUCUUA